CUCUUUUCUUGUUCUGCCCACAAUUACUAAUCAGUUCCCGUUGGAAACGACAGGCUGUGGUCUAUCUUGGUUUAGUUAUAGAAAUAUUUGCUAUCUCCCUCGAGCAAAGAGCGGGUAUCAUCAGCGUCUUGGCUCGAGACUAGUUAGCUAUAGUAGUACUCCCACCGAAACAGAUGACUGUUGCAUAGGCCUACAUGACCUAACGAGAUGUUGGACUCAGAAGACUGCACUUUGUCCCUGGAUAACCUGUUCUUUGAGAGGCCAGUUGUCCACAAAGUAAAGCCACUUUGUCAAGAGCAGAGUUCUUGGCAGUUGGAACCCCCUCUGUCCCUCUCCCAGAUCCCAGCCACUCAGGACAUCCAGAAAGAGGCAGAGGGUCUUUCAUCAUUCAGUUUCUCUCAGAAGCCCAACAAAUUCCUUCCCCCUUUGAAAAGAGCAGUUGACGGUGAUGGUUUCACUCCCAAGAAUAACAAAUUAAAUCAGAAUACCAGUGAUGGAAGAAAAGAACCUGAGGCACAGGGCGGGUGUGCCCUUUGGGCUCAGGAAGACUUCAUGAAUAAAUCCCAGGAUACCACAAAGGUUAGAAGAGGUCAAACUAAAACCCCACAGGAGUCUGGUCAUGCACUGGAGCAGAAACAUUUCCCUCUGGAGUUCAGCCAAAGCCCACCUCUACGGAGAAGUUUGUUCAAACCUCCCAGUGGUCAGGUGUUGAACAGCAGCGCAAACUCAAACAGUGGCCUCAACCAGGCAAGACCCGGAGUGCAGCAAACCUUCGACCAGGUUUCUAUGGCGACAGAGCCUCGGCUGGCAAAGCAGUCGGCAGCAGGCCCCGGGCCCCUCACCGGUCUGGGCCCGCCUACAGCCCGGGGACCACCACAGAAGACACAGGACAAGGGCACCAAGAGGGCUCAUGUUCUCCCCAUGACACCCCAACCCCUUCACAUACAAAGUACUUCUGGGCCUGGGAUACUCCGACCAAUCUCUGAAAUCCCUGCUAAAUUUAGAUCGGUCUUCAAAGAGUUCCCUUACUUCAACUACGUUCAAUCAAAAGCCCUAGAUGACGUUCUAUACACGAGUAAGAACUUUGUGGCUUGUGCUCCUACGGGCUCUGGUAAGACUGUGCUUUUUGAGUUGGCCAUCAUCCGCCUACUGAUGGAGACCACAGAGCCCUGGAGAAACGUCAAAGCUGUGUACAUGGCCCCCAUCAAAGCUCUAUGCAGCCAGCGCUUUGAGGACUGGAAUAAGAAAUUCGGGCCUCUGGGCCUGAGCUGCAAGGAGCUGACCGGAGACACAGAGAUCGACGACUUCUUUGAGAUUCAAGACGCCAAUAUCAUCAUGACCACACCUGAAAAAUGGGACAGCAUGACGAGGAAGUGGAGGGAUAACUGCCUGCUGCAGUUGGUCCGGCUUUUCCUUAUUGACGAGGUGCACGUGGUGAAGGACCCAAUGCGUGGAGCCACACUAGAGGUGGUGGUGAGCAGGAUGAAGGCGGUCCAUGCCUACCGUGCAGCAGAGAACCCUCAGGAGGACCUCUCCAUGAGAUUUGUGGCUGUCUCCGCCACCAUCCCCAAUACCAAGGAUAUAGCAGACUGGCUGUGUGACGACAGAGACCCUGCUACUUGUCUGGAGAUGGAUGAGAGUCACAGACCUGUGAAACUGAGGAAAGUAGUGCUGGGUUUCCCCUGCAGCAGCAACCAGACUGAGUUCAAGUUCGACCUGUCACUCAACUACAAGAUGGCCAACAUCAUCCAGACCUACUCGGACCAGAAACCAACACUUGUUUUUUGUUCAACAAGGAAAGGAGUCCAGCAGUCGGCCACUGUUCUGGCCAAGGAUGCCAGGUUCAUCAUGAGUAUUGAGCACAAACAAAGGUUGGUGAAUUAUGCAAACUCUCUCCUGGACUCAAAACUCAGAGAUUUGGUGUUGUUUGGGGUUGGUUUCCACCACGCUGGAGUUGACGUGUCAGACAGGAAGCGGAUCGAGGAGGCCUUCAACAUGGGAGACCUGCCUGUGCUGUUUACAACUAGCACUCUGGCGAUGGGGGUGAACCUGCCAGCCCACCUGGUGGUAAUCAAGUCCACCAUGCACUACAUCGGGGGCGCCUGUGAGGAGUACAGCGAAGCCGACAUGCUGCAGAUGAUUGGCCGAGCAGGCCGGCCACAGUUUGAUACAUCAGCGACCGCAGUGAUCAUGACCAAGACUCAAACCAAAGACAAGUACAUGCAGUUCACGAAUGGAGCGGAAAUCAUCGAAAGCAGCCUGCAUACCCACCUGGUGGAGCACCUGAACGCUGAGAUUGUCCUCCACACCAUCUCAGACGUCAACAUGGCCCUGGACUGGAUCCGCUCCAGCUUCCUCUACAUCCGAGCUCUGAAGAACCCCAAACACUAUGGCUUUUCCACUGACUUGGACCGAUGUGGAAUCGAAGCCAAAUUGCAAGAGCUCUGUCUGAAGAACUUGAAUUCCCUGGCCUCCAUUGGUCUGAUCUCCAUGGAUGAGGAUGUUAACAUCAAAGCUACAGAGGCAGGCAGGCUGAUGGCAAGGUACUGUGUUGCGUUUGACACCAUGAAGCAGUUCAGCAAGGUGACUGGCACUGAGACCUUACCUGAGCUGAUAGAAUUGAUGGCGAAGGGCAGAGAGUUCACUGACGUGCAGCUGAGAGUGAACGAGAAGAGAACCUUGAACACGUUGAACAAGGACAAGAACAGGAUCACUAUCAGGUAUCCCAUGGAGGGAAAGAUCAAAAACAAAGAGAUGAAGGUGAACUGUUUGAUUCAAGCCCAAUUUGGCUCCAUUCCAAUCCAAGAGUUUGGACUUGCACAGGACACUGGGAGAAUCUUCAGAAAUGGAGUCCGAAUCAGCAGAUGCUUGGCAGAGUUCCUAAACCAGCGCUCCAAGACAGGAUUCUCUGCUCUACUCAACUCCCUGAUACUGGCCAAGUGCUUCAGGGCCAAGCUGUGGGAAGACUCUCCUUACGUCUCAAAGCAGCUGGAGAAAAUAGGGUUGUCUCUGUCGACGGCCAUGGUGAACGCUGGGCUCACCACCUUCAACAAGAUACUGCAGACCAACGCCAGGGAACUGGAGCUGAUUGUCAACAGACAUCCUCCGUUUGGAAACCAAAUCAGAGACGCUGUCAUCAAUCUACCCAAGUACGAAGUUAGUUUGGAGCAGCUUCCAAGAUACAACAUCGCCACCGCAGAGAUUGUCGUGACCGUGAAUGUGAAAAACCACGAACAGCUACUGUCAAAGAGAACCACUCAUGACCACCACUAUGUCACAAUGAUCAUCGGGGACUGUGACAACAACGUGGUCUUCCUGCAAAAACUCACAGACUUGAUGCUGUUGAAGUCGGGAAACUGGUCAAAGAAGAUCGAAGUGGCAAAAGCCUUCAAAGGAGAGGAGAUCAGCGUGAAUCUAAUCAGCUCAGAAUACGUGGGGUUGGACAUUCAGCAGAAGUUUAGUGCCUUCUACUCUGGACCAAAGAGGUACGGAGGUGAAGCACUCACACCUGAGCAACGUGACACGAUGCAAAUAGCACAGGCUAACGCUCAGAGAUCACAGGGUGCAACACAGAGAAUACAGCCAACAGGCCAGCAAACACAGGCUACGGCACAGAAGAGAAACUCCACAUCCACAGAAAAGGUUCCAGGCAAAAGGCAAUGUAACCACUUCUGCAAAAACAAGGAUCAGUGUGGCCACGACUGCUGUCAAAAUGGAGUGCCGGUGGUUCUGAAGAGGCCUAUGAAUCAGCAUUCAAGUUUCUCUUCCUACCUCCAAGACUUGAAGACCAGGAGUGACACACUGACGGAGACUCCAGUCAAACGCCUCAAAAUGAGAAUGAGUGGUAGGACUGGGGCUACGAACAUUCAGCAAUUUUCUUAUACGCCUGCUGCUUGCAGUUAUGUAGGUAAUCAUUAUGGUGCUUCAGCAAUACAACAGAGUGUGGAAUCAGCUGAGGACUUUGCCACGCCCCAAGAGAUGGCAUAUCUUGAGAACUAUGACCAUGAGUAUAAUGACUUCCUGGAAGACAUAUAUCAGACAAUGGAAGAAGAGGAACCCCCACCUAUUCAAACCCCUACAGAGUCACAAAGGACUUCAAUGUGGAGGAAACCCAGUGCCUACAACAGAGGGUCCCUCAGCCACAGCAUCCCCCAAACCCAUAGCAUGGGUUACCCCCAAAGUCAUUUCCCCCUUCAAAACCAGAGUAGGGGUUACCCUCAGAGUCACAAUACCCCCCAAAGCCAGACUAGCGGUUACAGCACUCCCCAAAGCCAGAGCAGGAGUUACUCUCCGAGUCCCAUCAUAGACUUGACCGAUGACAGUGGCUUCCUCUUGUCGUCACACACCCCCAGCGUGACCUUUGACCUGGGAAACGAAUGGGAUGAUUUUGACGACGACAACUUAGUUCACGCCAGUGAGACAUCAUGCACCACUGUAGCUAAAACUCAGGGGAUGGACCGUGACAGGCUGAAAGGUCACUCAACACCACUACCAUCCACUUAUGUACAACCCAAACCCCGCUUCACUGUGUCCAGUGCCCCACUCAGGUCAACCUCCCCAGUUGUUCCUCAGAUAGCAGUUACUAGUCUCUCAGUCAGACCACAUAACCUCCAGGCUUCUGCUCCCUGGAGCCACUCUGACAACAAGGCCAGAAGGACAUUCAGUGAACCCUCUGUGAAAGCACCCUCCUUCCCAAAACAGACUGAUACAAGCAUGGCUCCGCUGGGAGGACAGUUUGAUUUCUUCUCAAAGACGACUACCCCAAACAAUGACAAUGUGACUGGCAAAAGGCUCCAGGGAGAGGACAACAGCAAGGAAGUGGAGGCAUUCAUGGGUAUAUUUGAUGGACUAUUUUAGAAGUGUUUAUAGUUGGAUGGACGGGUUCCAUGACAACGUUUCAUGUUACUGUGCAUGUUAUACUUUAUUUCUACUGUUUGUUGUUUGAGAUGAACUGUUAGAUUUACUGUUGAUCCUAUUUGAAAAUGUUGCUAUCAUUCAAUCAUCAUUAGCAGGUGGUCUAAAAAGGAUUACAAAAAAGUAUUAUAUAUCUAUGUACUUAAUUUAAUAAACACAAUAUUUAUUCAGA